AAAACUCCAAGCAGCCGCCAGAGGAGCUUUCUGCAACAGUUGCAUUUGGCAGUAAAAGUUGGAAGUCGAUUAAAACUCCACCUGUUCUUAACAUUUCGAAGGAUGACAAUGUUUCUACAUCAAGUUUCGAACACGGACUAACACAACUGUUGGAGAAGGAAAAAAUAGAGGAAGACAUGGCUGCCAAGAACAUGAAAGUCUCUCAUGACUCGCCAACUUACAUCCAUCAGUCCCUCUUCAAGAGUUCUAACCCGCGGUCCAUCGCAGCAGCAAGAACAGGCUAUAUGAUAGACAGCGCCACUAAAUUCGUCAUGGAUCACCUCCAGCUAAAUAAAACCGACGUAACUUUCGGCAUCAUGCUAUCGGACCAGCUGGCCCAGGACGAGUUCUGUGAUCAGGACCUAGUUUCGUCCUCCUGCGAGGCCUUCCGGCACUACAGGUCCUCCAACGGCACCUGUAAUAACUUGGACAACCCGCUGUGGGGAUCCACUUUCAGGCCUUUCCGUCGUGUUGCUCCGCCCGACUAUGGCAACGGAGUGUCGAGUCUCCGUCUUGCCCAGGACGAGCAGCCCCUUCCCAGUGCCCGCCUAGUUAGCAGUGUGGUUAACAACAUUCGGCCAAACAGGGAAUCUUCUCUCCUCUCCGUCCUCCACAUGACCUAUGGGCAGUUCUUCGACCAUGACCUGACCUUCGCGCCUUUGAAUAAAGGUAGGAAUGGUGAGGCGAUUCCAUGCUGCCCUGAGACCGAGGGCAAUCCCUCUUUACUCCAUCCUGAGUGCGCCGCCAUUCAAAUCCCUGCUGACGACCCUUUCUACUCCAAGUUCAACCAGACGUGCAUGGACUUCGUCCGCUCGGCGCCCGCUAUACGGUGCUUGCUUGGUCCACGAGAACAAAUGAACGAGAAAACGGCAUAUAUCGACGGCUCUCAGGUCUACGGAAUCGAUGACGAAAUGAUGAAUUCACUGAGAACGAUGGAGGAUGGUCUGCUUAUUGCUCAGAUGACCAAUGAAGGCGAGGAGCUUCUCCCUGCAAACACAGACUUAGCAAACGAGUGCAACAAGGAAGAAGAAGCUAACAUGAACCGGUUUUGCUUCCGGGCCGGUGACAUGAGAACUGUAGGAGCGCAACACAACCACUUAGCAUCUAGUCUAAGCACCAAUCCUUCGUGGAAUGAUGAAAAGCUGUUCCAGGAGGCCCGCCGAAUCGUUGGCGCUCAGCUCCAACAUGUCACCUACAACGAGUACCUGCCGCCCAUCUUCGGCAAUGAGAUCAUUAAAGACUUUAAGCUGAAACCCCUAAAGAACAAGCAACAAAAGGACUUUUACCUCCCCGACAAGAGCGCUGCCAUUAGUGCUGAAUUUGCAACAGCUGCCUUCCGUUUUGGACACAGUCAGAUUGCUGGUCACAUGGAGCGAGUGGAUGACUUCGGUGACAUUUCCUUCACCGAGAUGUCUUCGGCGUUCAUGAACCCCUUCGUCGUGUAUUCGAAAGGUGCGGUACCGCAGCUGACGCGAGGGGAGGCUCGGCAGAGCGCGGGUGACGUUGACCCCUUCUUUACACCGCAAGUAGCCGGCAAUCUCUUCAAAGGGAACAACAUGUUUGGACUCGAUCUGGUGUCCCUCAACAUACAGCGUGGCCGUGACCAUGGUAUUGCCUCCUACACGGCGAUCAGAACAUCAUGCGAACUGUCUCCUAUUCAUGACUUUGGUGGUCUCUCGGGAAAAAUGGAUGAUGAUGUGAUUGCAAAGCUAAAGGAUGUAUACCGUCAUGUGGAUGACAUUGACCUGUUCGUCGGUGGUUUGGCUGAACACCCUAUAGAAGGGGGAGUAGUAGGUCCCACCUUCGCUUGCAUUCUGCUGGACCAGUUCCUAAGGCUAAAAGAAGGCGACAGAUACUGGUAUGAGACCAAUGACAACGACACAGGGUUUACAGGAGAUCAAGUCGAACAAAUUCGCAGCACAACUUUGGCAGGCAUCAUGUGUGAAGUGAUCCCAGAACUGAAGGAGAUUCAGGCCGAACCUCUGAAAGUGGCAUCUCCCGAGAAUCCAAUACUACCUUGCUCUUCUUUCCCGGAACUGGAUCUCAUACACUGGGAAGAAUAUUUGUUUGCAAUAUCUCCCAAGAGCAAACUGACAGAAAAAUACCACUUGUGCCAUCUUCACCAAGGGCACCAUUUGGAGGGUGGCAUCGGACGAGUGGGUGUGGGUGUGGGAGGCACUUGCUUGCCAAGGAGCCCGCAAAUGAGCUCAAUGCAAUUACUCCAUUCUACUGACGUUUGUAUGGAAACGAAGAUGAAGGUGGUUUGUGUGUUCCUUGCAAUGUUGGUAGUCAUUGCGCUGGGGUCUGAGAAGCCCAAGUUGGGAAUCGUGGAAGGGAAAAACUCCAAGAAAGUGUCGCCAAAGGAGAAAUCCGGAACACAUGUAGCUGGUGGAAAAAGUUGGAAGUCGAUUGAAACUCCGGUUGUUCUCGACAUCUCGAAGGAUGACAAAUCAAGCUUCGAACACGGACUAUCGCAACUGCUGGAGAAGGAAAAAAUAGAGGAAGAAAUGGCUGCCAAGAACAUGAAAGUCUCUCAUGACUCGCCAACUUCAUCCUCAGUCCCUCUCAAGAGUUCUAACCCGCGGUCCAUCGCAGCAGCAAGAACAGGCUAUAUGAUAGACAGCGCCACUAAAUUCGUCAUGGAUCGACUCCAGCUAAACAAAACCGACGUAACUUUCGCUCAUGCAUCGGACCGCUGGCCCAGGACGGUUUUUGUGUCAGGGCCUAGUUUUCCCCCCCCGAGGCUUCCGGGACUACAGGGCCUUCCCCAAAGGGACCUGCAUUGUCCACGAGAGCAAAUGAACGAGAAAACGGCAUAUAUCGACGGCUCUCAGGUCUACGGAAUCGAUGACGAGAUGAUGAAUUCACUGAGAACGAAGGAGGAUGUACCAGAUUAUGUGGUGGCUGGGGCGAAGCCUAUGGAAGACUGUACAGUGCUAAACAUUACAGAGUUAAAUAUGAGGUCGCCAGAAUAUUCUGCAAAGGACAGAAUAAAGCAAGCACGUUCCAAGUUCAUAAAACAUGUUCAAGAAAAUUACAGUGCCACAGGGGCCAUUGCACUAAUAAAAAAGAAACAUGGAAGAAAUUCUAGGACCAACGAAGGUGAGGAGCUUCUUCCUGCAGACACAGACUUAGCAAACGAGUGCAAUAAGGAAGAACAAGCCAACAUAAAUCGAUUUUGCUUCCGGGCUGCGUUCCCGGAGCUCGCCGAAUUGUGGUCGCUCAGCUCCCACAUGUCACCUACAAGAGGUACCUGCCGCCAUCUUCGUAAAGAUAUCAUAAAAGACUUUAAGCUGAAACCCUUAAAGAACAAGAACCGAAAGCUCUUUUACCGCCCUGACCAAAGUGCUGCCAUUAGUGCUGAAUUUGCAACAGCUGCCCUCCGUUUUGGACACAGUGAGAUUGCUGGUCACAUAGAGAGAGUGGAUGACUUCGGCGAUAUUUCCUCCACCGAAAUGUCUUCAGUUUUCAUGAACCCCUUCGUCGUGUAUACGAAAGGUGCGGUACCGCAGCUGACCCAAGGGGUGGUUCGACAGAGCGCGGGUGACGUUGACCCCUUCUUUACACCGCAAGUGACGGGCAAUCUCUUCAAAGGGAACAACAUGUUUGGACUCGAUCUGGUGGCCCUCAACAUACAGCGUGGCCGUGACCAUGGUAUUGCCUCCUACACGGCGAUCAGAACCUCAUGCGAACUGUCUCCUAUUCAUGACUUUGGUGAUCUCUCGGGAAAAAUGGAUGAUGAUGUGAUUGCAAAGCUAAAGGAUGUAUACCGUCAUAUCGAUGACAUUGACCUGUUCGUCGGUGGUAUGGCUGAGCACCCGAUAGAAGGAGGAGUAGUAGGUCCCACCUUCGCUUGCAUUCUGCUGGACCAGUUCCUUAGGCUGAAAGAAGCUGAUAGAUACUGGUAUGAGACCAAUGACAAGGACACAAGGUUUACAGGAAAACAAGUCAAACAAAUUCGCAGCACAACCUUGGCAGGCAUCAUGUGUGAAGUGAUCCCAGAACUGAAGGAGAUUCAGGCCGAACCUCUGAAAUUGGCAUCUCCCGAGAAUCCAAUACUACCUUGCUCUUCUUUCCCGGAACUGGAUCUCAAACACUGGGAGGAAUAGUUGAAUCGGAGGAAGGAUUCUGUGAAGUCUCGCAAAGGUCGAUUUGGGCAAAAGAAUCAGAUUUAUUUUUUAUAUGUUCAUUGUAAACCUUUGAGCGGGAUAUUAUAUUUAUAUAAGAUAAAGUCAUUAAAGAGUCCUUUCCA